CAGUAGUUUGAUAGCUAGCGUAACAUUAAAUCGUUGCAUCCUGAUUAAAAGUCAGUUUAUUUACAUAACUUAUGGUACUUGUUAGAUAUGAUAACUUACGGAAUGGUUGUUGUGAGUACAACAGAUCUGUAAAUUACACAGGCGAAUUUCCAACUAACGUUAGCUAGCUAGCUAAGUGAACGUUUGAUACUUAGUGGGGUUUAGGCGGUUAGUUUUCAGCAAUGUUGGUAAGCUAACUACAGAACUGAAUAAAACUUGGUCUAGCUAACGAUAAUUGGCAACACGUUAUACAGUUGUCUUUGUCUUUCUUUCUACAAGCGAAAUUGGCAUGUAGCUAUCUACCGGGUAAAUACUUUGAAAUAUGCUGAUUAAAUAUGUAGAAUCACUAUUUUCUAAAUGUAACGUUAACUUUACAUCUAACCUUGUAAGUGUUGUUAAUCUUAGCUAGUUCGUCAGCAAAUUAACAUUUGCUUGCUAGCUAGGACAUAGGAGAAGAUGCCUGAAGACAAAUUACUCUCGGAUCAAUCUCCUGCUGGUUUUCCACAAAAGUCACUCAUACAUUCGGCAUUUCAACAACUACUUGCUGCCAGAACCCUUCGACUGAAAUUUGACAGUGUUGGAUUCAUAUUUGCAGUAGUUGCAUUACAAAGGUAUCUGGCGGAACAAGAAAGAGUCAAGGCCAAGUUUGUUGACAGCUAUUGCUAUGACGUGACUGUCACUGACGGCAUCGUGCAAGCUAAAUGUCAUCUUGCAAGUGAUCUCAAUCAUCUGGUACACAAAAAUAUUAUUCGUAGUGGCAUUGACAUACAAAUUACACAGUGCUCAUUUGUAUACAACGAGAGGAGACUGGGAUAUGGUUCGGUUUGCAUAGAGAAAAUUGAGUUCAGUAACAUUUGUGAAGACUCUCACAUUCUUGGCUCCAUAAAAGACCCAGAUGCUUUACCCUUCUGGUCAAAAGAGGGCGAUGGGAGUGCGUUAGUCAUACAAAAUGAUGUGCCUCUUCAGACGAGUCGGAAAUAUUAUUUGUCGUUGUGGAAUAAUGAGGAUCCACAUGGUAGUUUAUGGAUCCCGCACAUCCCUCCAACGGACGUGGUGUUGGACGUGUCAAAGAUGAUUCUGCUGUGUGAUCUAGAAUCUGCCUUCGGUAACUCCCACCGGUAUCGGCCUCUUCUUGUUAGAAUCAUGCAUAAAUCACGGCUGCGGUUCUACGGAAAGGCGGAGACAAAGAUUUACAUCCCAUUCCAGGCCUACUUUGAGGUUGCAGAUCAGAGUGGCUCCAUGUCCAUGGUCCUAUGGAAUGCACUGUGUCCGGAGUGGUAUCAGAGACUAAAUGUGGGAACAGUUCUCUACCUUCAGAACUACUCUCUCAAACAAAGCUAUCAGAAUAGGACUCGGCCCUUUCUUGCAGACCCACAGAUGAAGAGCUUCACCUCUAUAGAAAUUGGCUUGAAUCCUCGCAAUCCCACAGCUGUCAUUGACGUUAUUCCACCCAAGAGCGUGAAGCCGCAGUGGGGGUUGCCAGAUGUCCCAUACCACUUCAUUUCCAGAUCUGAACUGGAUAGCUGUCCCAACAAUAGUACCUGUGAUGUCAUCGGCCUUGUCACAUUUGUAGGGCGCUGUGAGCGAAUCAGGAGCAAGGGUACUGCAGUCCCUGAGAAAUACUGGACAUAUCGCUGGGUUCAUGCCAUCGACGGAACCUCAGACUUUCCAUUUGUUCUGGAGAUAUUCGCUUCAUCACAGCCUGAAAUAUUCAGCGGGAUAUAUCCAAUGACGUACCUGGUCUGCACCCAGAUGAGGGUAUGCAGACCAGCAGCCUCCACUGUGGUGUACCUCACCAGUUCCAGUGAGACGCAGAUAUUCACCACCGGCUACCACAAGGGCCAGCCGUACAUCUGCAGUCCCACAGUAAAGGCCUUCAUCCAGUGGACGAAGACUCUGAAGGACAGCGCGAUGCUGAAGAAGACGGUCAUCGGCGGCCAUUACCGCUUCCCCCCGGCACCGCCCAUCUUCACCCAGGACAUCAACGACGGCAGUGCUGAGGUUCCUGUAGUUCCCGCAUGCAAGCUGCAGGAGGAGCUAGAGAGCUUGCGGUAUCGAGAGCAGAAGCGGCUGGCUGUCCAGGGCCAGAUCACCGCUGUGCAGUAUGUGCUGUGGCCAGAGGAGCAGGCUUCUGUGAGUCAGAAUACAGACUCUCUCUUCCCUUCUGUCGUUCCGGAAAGCUCCGCCGUCGUCCGAUCUCUGCCACCGUCUGACCUCGGGACCGGCACGGCAACCGGGACUUCAGCGGGCAGUGGCGUGCUGUCCACCGUCACCGCGCCCUUGCCACACAAACGCAGGAAAAAGCAGCGGGGGAAGAGAGAGCUCCGGCGGCGAUAUGAAACACGAACCACGGUGCGGCAGGAGAGAGAAUCCGGGCGAAACCGUACAGACAGGGAGCUGCAUGAGGAGAGGUCAGAUUCAGAGCCUGAUGAGGAAGAGCAGGUGGAUGAAGCACAAGCCUCUGCCCACAGGCUCCAGCAUUCAGCAGAUGCCCUGCUCAGUACAAGCACCCAAGUCCAGGAAGACCAGCUGGUGGGUGACCGCCCCGGUGCAUUGUGGGAAAGCAGCACAUGGACUUUGCUGAGAGGGGACUUGCUCGAACAUUUACGUUUUGGUGGCCUGGACCCAGAGAGCAUUCCACGCAAAUUCAGCUUUGACGACAGAGAGUACCUUCUGCAGAAAUGCAACCUUCACCCAGCCAAGUGGACACUGGAUGACUUCCACCCCAACCAAAACUUAAACAGAUAUGCUCCAGCAGCCUGCAAAGGCUAUUUCAGGAUCACAAUCCUGGGCAUAAACCAGCAGACUGCCAUCGAUGCACUGUUCAUGCCGGUGCUGUCUUCCGAAGACCCGAGGAACGUGGGACUGCCACGAGACCCCCACAACAACACACUGUUCUCCUGCCUUUCCACGGGAUCGGUCAGCCCUAUCAGCCACCCUAUGGACGGGGACCAGAACAUUCUCCCUGACCCAGGUGACAUCAUACAGACAGCAGCUGAGCUGGAAGGUAUGCACGUUGUGUGCCUCAUCGAUUUCUGUCACCUAGGAGGGCAGACGGUGGAGGUCUUCAUCAACAAGAUAUAUAAGAUGACAGACGUCGCAUUGGUGGAGGUUCCUCGUGAGCAGUACAGGAGGGACAAGUCCUAAUGUCUGUCAAGUCCUCCUAAUUCUAUUUCAUAUUUUAUUCAAUUGCAUUCUAGCUUCUUUGUCAUACUUUAUAGGAUGAAGCGUUUGGUGUCCGUGUUACUUUGUCAAAAAUAUGUCUGAGCAAUAUAACCACCUAGUUUCCUAGUAACGUGCAGUUUUGAUGUAUAGGGUCUUUGUGAAGUAUUCAAUUUACAGGAAUUGAGUGAAAGUUAGACAUGAUUCUCUUUGAUUUUGAUGAAAUGACGGUGAGGGAGGAACGUGUUGCUUUUACACUGAUCCAAAAUGGAGAUGGAGUGAAUAGGAUGCCUUCUCCUUUUUAUGUCCCUUUUUAAGUAAACACAUAAAAUACAGAUGUAACACGGCACAGAAAAAAAUGUUUUAUUGAGCGUAACGUGUAUGAAUAUUCUGCUUCAGACCCUGCUUUUGCGGUCAUUAUUUUAUAAAUCUUUUUUUUUUUUUUUUUAAGAAUAGCAAGUACUUCAAUUUGUAGAACUGUAAAUUAUUAAAGCCGAUUAAACAAGAAA